AUGGUCGGCCUAUUCGAUUUCUUUAACUACGCGGGAUUGCUGAGAACGGUGUACAUUGUGAAAAAGCCAAAAAUCUUCAUCGACGAUAUCACGAUCAAUGCGGAACAUCUCGGAUCUUUCAAAUGGGAUGUGACUUCUGAUGGGUAUCAACUCAAGCAGCAAUGCAUCGUUUAUCUCUAUGAUCCCGAUGGGAAAGAGGUUCUACAAGAGCAAAAUUGCACUGGAUCAUCGCAGGUGUCAAAUGUGAGACCUUGGUGGCCUCGAGGAAUGGGUGAUCCUGAUCUCUACACACUUAAAGUGGAAAUCCGUGCUGCAGAUGCCUCACUUGUCGACGUUUACAAUGAAGAGUUCGGCUUCCGGACAGUGAAAUGGGACAAUGAACAGAUCUACAUCAAUGAUCGACCAUUCUAUUGUAUUGGCUUCGGAAUGCACGAGGAUUUUGAGAUUCACGGACGUGGCUACGAUGCAGCGGUGAUGACAAAAGAUAUGAAUUUGUUCGAAUGGAUGGGAGCUAAUUGCUACCGUACCUCUCACUAUCCGUACGCUGAAGAAAGAAUAAAGGAGAGCGAUCGACGGGGAAUCGCUGUCAUUUUAGAGACGCCAGCUGUUGGAUUGAAAGGAUUCCCGAAAGCCAAUCAACUAUUGCACAUGCAAUUUGUCGAAGAAAUGAUCAAGAGAGACAAGAAUCAUCCAGCGGUGAUCAUGUGGAGUAUCUCGAACGAGCCGCACACUGAGAAGAAAGAGGCCAGGGCGUAUUUCAAAGCAUUGAUCGAUCAGGCUCACACGCUGGACCCAACUCGCCCGGUCACUAUCGUUUAUGGGCCCUCAAAUUAUGAUAACGAUCAAACGGCCGAUCUACUCGAUGUGAUUUGCGUGAAUCGCUACUAUGGAUGGUACAUCGAUAUGGGCUUUUUGGAGAAUAUAAAUCGCUCCGUUGUCUACGAUUUGAUGCUGUGGAAAGAGAAAUUCGGAAAAGCGAUUUUGGUCACAGAGUACGGAGCUGAUUCGCUUGAUGGUUUAACACAGGAGCCAGCUGUGGACUUCUCCGAGCAGUACCAAGAUGAGUUGAUUCGCGAGACUCAUAAAGCGUUCGACGUUCUCCGCGCAAAAAAAGUGAUUGGCGGAGAGAUGAUCUGGAAUUUCGCUGAUUUCAUGACCGGAAUGACCACAACACGAGCCGUCGGCAAUCAUAAAGGUGUCUUCACGCGAACGAGACAGCCAAAAAUCGCCGCCUACACUCUCAGGAAACGCUAUUUGGGCCUCUUGCAGCAA